GCACGCAGGAGCCGGUCUGCUCGUCCGUCCGGUCCGCUGGAUGUAAACAGAAGGACGUUCCGCCUCCGGAGACAGCGGGAGAAAACAUGACCAAGCUGGAGCUGCUAAACGUGUUUCUGAACGACAGGCUGACGGCGGCCGCCGAGGAGAUCUUCCGCGCCGUGAAGGACGCGGUGCUGGAGCAGCAGGGCGAGCUGCUGCGCUCCCAGCAGGAGAACGAGCGCCUCAAACGGCUCCUCAACGUGGCCGUCCAGCGGCUCCUGCUGCAGCCAGAGCCUCACUCUGUCCAGCCCCAAGAUGAUGUCCAGCUCUGUGAGUCUGAAUGGAGAAGUAGUGUGGAGCUGCUGCCUCAAGUUAAGGAGGAACCAAAACUAAGAAACAUUCAAACCAAAUGUUUACUGGAAGCAGUGGACUCGGAGGAAGGAAAUUGCAGUCACGUUGAGCCACAGAGGUCACAUCCUCCACCAGCACCAACUGUCUCUCCACCUCCACUCACAUCCCUGGAAAUUAAGACGGAGACUGAUGGAGAGAACAGCAGGAAACAGCAGCCAACCAACAGCUUAUCAUCGUCCAUGACUGUUCAUUCAAACUGCAGAGCAGCUCAGAGCGAUUCUUGUGCCUCCUCUACAAAGAGUCACAGGACUCCAAAAACUGAUCAGCUGGUCAAGGGGCUACUUCGCUCAAAUGGAAAACAAGGUUCACACAUACUGCAGAUCAAAAAUGUGAGAUCCCUGAAGCCACCUCCACCUCGCUCCUCUCAUCCAAGCCAGGGCAUCCAGAGGUGGCACAGCUGUAAAGAGUGUGGCAAAGGCUUCAGCUUCGCCUGCCAGCUAGAGGUUCACAUGCGGUGGCACACAAAAGAGAAACCAUACAGCUGUGCCGUGUGCCGGAAGAGCUUCACCACUGUCAGCAUGCUGAAGAGGCACCACCGCAUCCACACUGGAGAGAAACCGUUCCGCUGCCAUGUGUGCGGGAAAUGCUUCAACCAGUCAGCACACCUCAACACCCACUUUAGGCUACACACCAGAGAGAGGGCCAGCUGGAGUCGAGCAUCUCACUGCAAAUGAACAAAGUCCCAUUAGCAGGAACCUGACCUAUGUGUAAACUCUUAAAUGCUUUAACUGGCCAGAUUUCAGCUUUAAACAGUGUACAGUAAUGGUGUUUGAUUGUGUCUUAUUGUUGUGCAAUAAAGAGUGGUACAUGAAGA